AUGUUCGCAACCAUUGGACCGGCAUACGCAUCGGAGAUAUGUCCCAUGGCUUUCAGACCAUAUCUAACAGCCUACAUCAACGUGUGCUUUGCGAUCGGGCAAUUUAUCAGUGCGGGCGUGGUACAAAGCAUGGUCGACAGAACGGAUCAAUGGUCAUACCGAAUCCCAUUUGGUCUCCAGUGGAUAUGGCCAGCUCCGUUACUCUGCAUUGCCUGGUUCAUGCCGGAGUCACCAUGGUGGCUUGUUCAGAGCGGCCAGUACGAGGAAGCUGAGCGAUCGGUGAAAAGAUUGAUGGCCGAUUUUGAGAAGCCCAAAGCCGCACAAGUGGUGGCAAUGAUUGUCCACACCAACGACAUUGAAAGGGAUAUUCAGACUGGAAGCUCAUAUCUAGACUGCUUUCGUGGGACUGAUCGCCGUCGUACAGAGAUCGCUUGUGUGGUGUUUGCCGGUCAGAUUCUAUGCGGUGCCCCUCUCGCAUUCAGCGCCACCUACUUUUUUCAGCAAGCUGGAAUGAGCACUGAGAACUCAUACAAAAUUGGACUGGGAGGUACCGCUAUAGCGCUUCUCGGAACCACCGCUUCCUGGCUUUUGAUCGCGAGAUUCGGUCGUCGGACGAUAUACCUGGUCGGGAUGAGCUUUAUGAGUGUUUUCCUUCUGCUAAUUGGCCUGCUAGCCCUCCCUGGUUGGAAACAGAGUAUCGCAAAUACUCAAUCAGCACUUUGCAUCGUCUGGUUACUUACGUUCUCCCUUUCUGCUGGGCCAAUUGGAUGGACUGUCCCAGCUGAAGUAUCCUCCGCAAGGCUUCGAGCAAAGACCAUUUGCUUGGCAAGAAACUCUUACUACAUCUGCCAGAUACUUGCGAACAUAAUCCAACCAUACAUGUUGAAUCCAACGGAAUGGAACUGGCAUGGCAAGACCGGAUUCUUUUGGUUUGGAUUUGCGGUUCUCACAUACUUGUGGGCCUUUUUCCGAAUGGUGGAAACGAAGGGUACCACUACAUUCUCAUUGCAUGAAAAUUGUCUUUCUCUAACUAAUACUUUUCCAGGCCGAACUUAUGAGGAGCUGGACUUGGCUUUUGCGGCUAAAAUCCCAACCAGGCAUUUUGCGGCGUACAACACCGGUUUAUCCCACAAAAGUCCCGAUCAAUUGCACGCGCACAACGCAUGA